GACCACCAUCCAUUGAAUAAAAUAAUAAAUUUUAUUGCUAUCAUCGAUAUAUUCUCGGUCUCCGAUCCCCCAAUAAUCCCAAUCUCUCGCAGCCAAAAACAAACAAAAUCGUAGCCGAUCCAUCGAAAAAUUCCACAAACACUUUCUUAACUGUCCCAAGCGCCUCACAGAUUAACAAUGGCAUUCAACUUGGCCCAGAGCGGCGCGGCAGCAGCCUCCUUCGCUCCAUCCACCGCGCGCCGUGUGGCCGCGCCUGACUCUGUCACCGCACAGAGGAAUGCGUAUCAGAUGCCAAGUCUGAGGCUGCAGAGGCGGGAGGCGUGCAAGCCGUCGGUGGCACCGUCGAGGCCGGCGAUGCCGAUGGCGUGCCGGGCUCACGGGUCGAAGGCGAGGAGGUCCGGGGUGCCGGUGUUCGUGAUGAUGCCGCUGGACACCGUCAACAAGUGCGGGAGCGGGCUGAACCGGAGGAAGGCCAUGGCCGCCAGCCUCGCGGCGCUCAAGAGCGCGGGCGUGGAAGGCAUCAUGGUGGACGUGUGGUGGGGCACCGUGGAGAGCGAGGGGCCCGGCAAGUACAACUUCGCCGGGUACAUGGAGCUCAUGAAGUUGGCGCGCAAGACCGGGCUCAAGGUGCAGGCCGUCAUGUCCUUCCACCAGUGCGGCGGCAACGUUGGCGACUCCGUCAACGUCCCACUGCCGAGGUGGGUAACGGAGGAGAUGGACAAGGACCAGGACCUCACCUACACCGACCAAUGGGGACGCCGUAACUACGAGUAUGUCUCGCUCGGCUGCGACGCCAUGCCGGUCCUCAAGGGUCGCACCCCCGUCCAGUGCUACACCGACUUCAUGCGCGCCUUCCGCGACCACUUCGCAGACUUCCUUGGCAACACCAUCGUCGAAAUCCAAGUCGGCCUGGGCCCGGCCGGCGAGCUGCGUUUCCCGUCUUACCCGGAGAGCAACGGUACCUGGAGGUUCCCCGGCAUCGGCGCCUUCCAAUGCUACGACAGGUACAUGCUUAGCAGCCUGAAGGCAGCGGCGGAGGCGGCGGGCAAGCCGGAGUGGGGCUUCACCGGGCCAACGGACGCCGGUGGCUACCUUAGCUGGCCGGAGGACACGCUCUUCUUCCGUCAGGAUGGCGGCGGCUGGGACAGCCAGUACGGCCAGUUCUUCAUGUCCUGGUACUCGCAGAUGCUCCAGGACCACGGCGACCGCGUGCUGUCGGGCGCGACGUCCGUGUUCGGCAGCACGCCGGAUGUCCACCUCUCCGCCAAGGUGGCCGGCAUCCACUGGCACUACGGCACCAGGUCCCACGCGCCGGAGCUCACCGCGGGAUACUACAACACCAGGCACCACGACGGGUACCAGCACAUCGCGCGCAUGCUGGCCCGCCACGGCGCGGUGCUCAACUUCACCUGCGUGGAGAUGCGCGACCAUGAGCAGCCCCAGGACGCGCAGUGCAUGCCCGAGGGCCUCGUGCGGCAGGUGGCCGCGGCCGCCCGCGCCGCCGGCAUCGGCCUGGCCGGCGAGAACGCGCUGCCCCGGUACGACGACACGGCCCACGACCAGGUGGUGGGCACCGCCGCGGAGCGCGCCGAGGAGGACCGGAUGGUGGCCUUCACGUACCUCCGCAUGGGCCCCGACCUUUUCCAGCCCGACAACUGGCGCCGGUUCGCGGCGUUCGUGAAGCGCAUGUCCAAGUCCGGGUCGUGCAGGGAGGCCGCGGAGCGGGAGGCGCACGGCGUCGCCCACGCCACGGGUUCCCUCGUGCACGAGGCCGCCACCGCGCUACGGUGCUGAUGACUGAUGCUGCCGCUGCCGCUGCUGAUAGAUAUGAAGGCCGUACGUUGUGGUAGUUUGUGGGAGGUUUCGGCUUGUUCGUUUUGCCAGGGAGGACGGACGCUCGGAGAACCAGACCAUUCUCCCAUUGUUCGUACAAAAGAUUGUGAUUGAGCCGGAGGGAGGGGAGGACAAAGUUGUCGCGUUUCACGCCCCGAAGCUGGUGCUUGAUGCAUCGGACGAUUUGGGGUUUGUUCGGGAAUAUAUCGAUUGCCAUUUUCCAACCAAAACUUUGCACAGUUUGUUCGUGUUCUUGCCCUCUGAAUUUCUGAUUGGUUGGUUC